GCAGCCUUACGAUUUUCGCGACGUCAUAUCGUUCGCUGCAUUUAUUUAAUUUUAUUUCAUUAUUCUUAGUUUGAUAAAAUGACUUUGCAUGUAUGGUGUAAAUUGGACUGAUUGAAAAAUAUUUGCCGCGUAGAACAACAGUGUUUCGUAGCAGUGAGUGAAAAAGAUUUUCGUAGCACUUCACAAGUUCCUUUUGAGAGGAUGUCUCGGCACGUCCUGCUGUCGCGGCUGGCAGAGCAGUUCCAGCCGUCCUCGCCGCCACCGCCAGCUCACCGGUUCCCGUCUCCGGAGGGCAGCAUCUCCCCUCGGACACCACCGUCUCCACAUUCACCCCCGCGCUCGCCUGACUCUCUCUCACAUCAUCGACUAGAUUUACUUCAGUUAGGUGAUAUAGAGAUUGCAGGGAGAGCACUUAAACAAUACGCUAGAGCUACGGAGUUGGGAGCCCUGAUGUACUGCAGUGGUCUCGGAGCGCUGUACAGCGGCGCUGGUGUCUGGCCUCUCUUGAUGCCGCGCGCCUCACCACCGUUCGUGCGUCCACCCAUUGACCACGCUAGACAUACACCACCCAGAGAUGAUGACGAGGAAGAACUUCCUCUCAAUUUAUCAACAAAAAAUCGCCAAAUAUGGUCACCAGGAAGCGCAUGUGAGCGCGAAAAAGUGGAAGUUGGAGAAGAAUCCCCAAUUUCUCGAUGGGACGGACAUGAUGACAUUGACACACCUCUCGAACUGGUCAAGAGGUGCCGCAGCAACCCUGACGAAGCUGAACGUCCUCCGAGCACAGAGCCGCGACGAUGCCCCUCAGCACCCGCGCAUCAAACCUACCCAAUCAAACCUUCACCAACCGGAGAUCUCAAUUUCUCUCUACUCCUCAAAAAUGAAAACAGAAAUGAAAAAUCAUUCCAAUGCAAGCAAUGCGGGAAGUGCUUCAAGCGGUCGAGCACGCUGUCCACUCACCUGCUGAUCCACUCGGACACUCGGCCUUACCCCUGCCAGUACUGCGGCAAGCGGUUCCACCAGAAGUCCGACAUGAAGAAGCAUACCUACAUACAUACAGGUGAGAAACCGCACAAGUGUGUAGUGUGCUCAAAGGCGUUCAGUCAGAGCUCUAAUUUGAUCACCCAUAUGCGCAAGCACACUGGCUACAAGCCAUUCUCGUGCGGGCUGUGUGAUAAGGCCUUCCAGCGCAAGGUAGACUUGCGUCGCCACCGCGACUCCCAGCACUCUGACGUGGCCGAACCCUCCACCACUCUGCAGAUUCCGCACCGCUACAGGUAUUACGGAGACGAAUCACCAGCACCCCUCACACCCCUUGUCACCAACUAAAAUUGUCUUGGAUCCAGCACAUUAUUUUAAUCUCUGAAAUUAAUGUCUAUCAAUUACGAUGCGAUGGUGUGAAACAAAACUUAUUUUGAAAAUAUCACAGUGCAAAUUAGUUAUCAGACUUAGGUUUCAGUUUGCUAGCAGUAUAAUAAAAUGUUAACGAAAGUCAAAAUAAGUAAUAGUUAUCCCAAGAGUAAUGUUACGAGAAAGACUUAUUGCGUUACAUAAUCGGAAGGUUGUAUCAUAGGAGUUGUCUAUGUAUUGUGUAAAUAAUUCUAAUUGUUACCUUUUAGUGCCUUAAGUAGAACCUGAACAAUGUGGUGUUACUUAUUACCCAGGUUCUAAAUCGAACUUCUUGUAGCUCGAUAGAUGUGUAUAUUUUUAGUAUAAAACACUAUUAUGUCCGUCCCCUGACACAGUGAUAUAAACAUAGAGAAUGGAACAGUUUGUUCAUCAACUGUUUGACAGCAACCAGGUAAACAGUAAGUAAGUAAUAUGUAGUCUAUUAAUACCAAAGUAAAGUGUCUUAUUUAGUCGAGUGUGAAACGCUUUAUUUAUUUAGACUAGAACUAAAUAGGCGUCGUAUAUCUUAGUAGGUAUAUUUAUUCCGUAUAGUUGGCAGCCAAUAUUCCUUUAUGUAUUACAUUAAUGCCACAUCUUGGCCUCGAAUUGUUAAGUACACUUGUGUCAUUUUGUUACUUACAUUAAUCAAAACGCUUAAUGUCGUUCGUGUAGUAUAAAAUAUAUUUUUUUCAUAAAUAUAGGUAUCCUAAUUAUAUGUUUAGCAAGUGUUAAAUUAUUAGUCCUUUGAAAACAUUAUUUAUAAAAUCUCAAGUGAUGAUACCGGUUUACCACAGGAGAAAUUCACGUGUUACCACAUAUUUGGUCUGUUACCACAAAUCGUACUUUGGAGAAAAGUGUACCCUAAGUAUUUAAGCCAUCUUAUCGAUAUGCGACCAUUGUUAAUAUUAUAUUAUAGUCGACAUAUAGCUUAAAAAUAUCGUUUAAGAUGGCUACACGGCACCAUUAUAAUUAUGUCACCAUUUUAGGUAAACGAAUGCAAUUAUUAAUGUACCUAUACUUUUUCAUAAUGCAUUUACUUUAGAUAUAAGUUGUGUUCUAUAGAUAUUGAAAAAUAUAGACAUACCUAGUUCAUUAGAGGCUAUACCUAAUUUCUUGUAUGAGACUGCACUAAAAACUAAACUGAAACAUUAUUUUUCGAUUGUGAAUUAAAAGCGGUUAAUAAGUGUUUUGUAUCAAUGUAAUUGAAGUGUGAAAUUAUAUACUAUUGUAAAAAUGAGACGUACCUUAUUAUAUUUAGAUAGGUAUAGCUAUACAGUCGCGUGUUUUCAUAUGUAAAAGUGACGUUGUUACGUGAAGACUUAACGGCUAGAACACCAAAGAGAGAGUACAGCGGUCAGCAACGAAUGGCAACGAUUGAUUCGUCCAUACUUUACGACUUGGAAUGUGACUGAAUAAUGUGAACAACAUUAUUGAGGCGUUUAGAAUAAGCACCCCUUUACCCUUGUAUAAUAUUAUAAUACCAAAUUUUCACGGUAAAGCAUUACGGUUAAACCGUCAAACUAAAUUUCAAUGUUUUGGACACAUUAUUAUAGAAAAUUAUUAAAUUAUCAAUACCCAUUUUAUUGAAAGUGGUAUCGUCAGUCAUUUGAUAAGUUUGAGUUUAAGUUGUAAUUUAUUAA